UAGUUUCCGCAAACGCAUUGCCAUGGCAACAGCCCAAUAACAAACCUGUCAAAUAGCACACUAUUUUCCAACAAGCCGGUUCAACAGAAGUAAUGACACACUUUUUCAACUUGUACACCCGUGAAAAUUAUGUUUUCGUGACCUCCCAGUGACCUCAAUGUGGCUUUGAACAUUCAUACUUAUGUACUUAGCAAAUGCCAUCAGAUCUUUGAAAAGAAAAAUGGAUUUCGGAUUCGGUGACUUCUUGUACCCGAAUGUUGGGGGCUUGCGACAGUAUUUCGAUCCCUUCGGUCCGUCAUCCGGUUUCCACCAAAUGGCCAGAAUGAUGGAUCGAAUGAUGGUCGAGAGUCUCCAGCCUUUCGGGUUCGCGCGCAUGUCAGCCAGUCACAGUGGGGAUAAGAAGGGGGACUCGGAUCCACCGCGGGAUGGGCUGAGGACAGAACGCAGCGAAACGAGGCGGGAGCGCGCGAAGGCCAUGCCCCAAACACAUGCCGCUUUGGGGACACGACAUCCUCCCACACAAGUUGUCAAACCAGUAGUCAACAUGACCGACAAACCAGAUCUACCAAAACAAACUUCAGAUCCAACCACAGAGAAAUGGGUGGGAACGCUCCGACGCCGCGACGCCACCAUUUUACCUUCAAUAAGCAGAAAGGCAUCUUUAGGCAGUGGAAGAUUGAUCAGCAGAUCAGUGGACAGAAUGCCUCGGACAGGGGGACGGAGCCGACCACUAAUUCCUAUAAAACCUAGACUCAGAAAAACAGACGUUCCCAACGAAACACCUGACGUCACAAUAUUUGAGAAGGAUGAGAAAGUGUUCGAUGCAACAGGUUACGAACUACAUCUAGUGGAGACUUUGGAAAGAGAUAUCUUGCAGAGAAACCCUGAUGUUCGCUGGAAAGAUGUCAUAGGACUGGAUGAUGCGAAGUCCGUUCUGCAGGAGGCCAUGGUUCUACCUCUAGUAAUGCCUGAUUACUUUAAGGGCAUCCGUCGUCCCUGGAAGGGCGUACUCCUCACGGGUCCACCAGGCACGGGCAAGACGCUGCUAGCCCGGGCAGUGGCCACUGAAUGCCGUACUACAUUCUUCAACGUGUCUUCUGCAACCCUCACCUCGAAGUACAGAGGGGAUUCAGAGAAGCUGGUGCGACUGUUGUUUGAUAUGGCAGCAUUCUACGCGCCCAGCACGAUAUUCCUCGACGAGGUGGAUUCUCUGUGCGCAGUGCGCGGCGCUGACUCAGAGCACGAGGCUUCGAGGCGGUUCAAGGCUGAACUGCUCAUACAGAUGGAUGGAUUGGCUGCAGCUUUCCACCGAGACAAAAUAAUAAUGGUACUAGCGGCGACGAAUCACCCGUGGGACAUCGACGAAGCUUUCAGAAGACGGUUUGAAAAAAGGAUCUAUGUUGGUCUGCCAGAUGAGGCCACAAGAAUACGUCUUCUGAAGCUUUGCCUGCGAGACGUGGUGCUCCACGACAGCGUGAGUCUGCAGGAUGUGGCCAGCCAGCUGGAAGGUUAUAGCGGCUCAGAUAUCAGCAACCUUUGCAGAGACGCAGCAAUGAUGACGAUGCGUCGCAAGAUAGCCGGCAAGAGUCCAGACGAAAUACGACAGCUGAAGCGAUCUGAACUCGAAGCGCCGGUCUCCGCUGAAGACAUUGACACUGCUAUCGAGAAGACUAGGCGGACAGUGUCAGACGCGGACGUGAGCCGGUACAACUCGUGGAUGUCGAAGCACGGCUGCUCCUAGCGGCGCGCCUGGGCUCUCCGGGCCCUGCUACAGCGACUGCGCACCGACUAGAGCAUCUAGUAUCUGCGCCGUCUGUUAGGCUGAUGAUCUUUAAAAAUAACCCGUCUUUGAUAUGCGCAGACUUUUGAUACCCUUUCUGGUUGGUAGGAUUCUUUUAAGUGUUGCUUUUGGAUUUGAUGAUGUCAAAAAUGAUACGUCAUGGUUUCCACAUUAAUUGGAACCUUAUUUUUGGAUAUGGAAGGAUAUGAAUGUUUUUGGGGUAUUUUAGCAUAUUAAAUUUGUCUAGGUUUUGGAUGAUUUGGCUUAUUUUAUUACGGAUUGGCAAAAGGUACACUUUGAUAUUUUUUACAUGAAAAAAUAUGACAAUGUGUAGAAGAAAUUCAUUAGAAGUAUUGGUAACCCUUCAACUAAGCGAAAAUUUUUAGUGCUAAUAGCGAGUUUACCAUGAUUUUUGCAAAAUUAUUUUGGCCUUAUGUUGAGAAAUUUAAAAUAAUAUUUAUUGCAUAUUUAUGGGUACAAAUGUAAGUCUGCGUAAAUAAAAAAAGAGGAAAACUUAUUUUUUGAAAUUUGAUCGUCAGCCUAACUUCAUAUCGUUCGCGUAACUGUUAAGGAAGACAUUUUGGACUGAAUUCAGUGAUUUUAAAAUUAAUAAGUGAAAAUUAAACGAUUUUAAUAGUGAUGAUGGACGACUCGCGAUGUUGGAUUUUUGGACUCACUUUUGGACCGAUGUGGGGAUUGACUGUGUUUUAUAAAAUAGUGGGGGGAAUAGGGGAAGGGUUAAUAUAUCGAAAUAGUUCUUAAAUGGAGUGGCAAGUUGUAUAUUUUUUCCACAAUCGCUAAUUUAUUUCACCGACGUGGUGUACAAUGUGUUGUUGCUCUGAAAAUCACUCACGGCAUAGCUUGCUAAAUUGACUAUGCAAUGACGUCAUAAAUUCAGGGAACAUGAACACUUCUGAACUACAUAUUUCGAAACUAUCCACUCCAUUUAUUUUCUACUUCGGUAUAUUAGGCGGGGUUUAACAUUGCUUUGAUGAAUCAAUGUGGCUUCAAUUUAAAUUAAGAUCUCGCCUCUCGGUUUUCGAGUGACUAUUACGUCAUUGGCGCAUUGAGCAAAUAUUUAUUCAACAAGGUAAAGUUUUUAAUUAUAGAUUUUGAUAUAAUCUACAUAAGAUGCACAUUGAACCGAUAGUAUUAGUUAAAACAUUGUAAACGAAUGAAGAAGAAAUACAGGAUUGUGGAAAUUAUAUUAUUGAUUCUAGCAAUGAUAAGAUUUUAUUUCUUUAUUUUAAACUCACUGAUUGACGAAACACGCUAAAUAUUAGCAACAUGAAUGUAGUUUAUUUUAUCAUAUUUUAUUCCAAUAAACUCUCAAUAUUCUUA